GCCCGCACUACAUUUUUAAGUCCUACCUCCCUUCCCCCAACGUCAUCUUCCAACGGUUAACCCCACCAUAUAUAGCUCCCCUCUUCCCUUCCCUCUCGUAGGCCAAGAAAACCCACAGAAGAGAAGAGGAGAGAGAGAGAUGGCAAUGGCGGCAGAGGAUGGUUGUGAGAGUUCGGCUGCAGGUUCUUCUUCUAAUUCUGCGGUGAACUGGUGGGCAACGUCCAUGCAGGAGGUUCAUGGGAGUCCGCUCUGCAGUUGGCCGAGCCACUGCGACGUCCAGCUGCCUUGGAGGGCUGCAGGCGGGACGGCGGCCGGCAGCAGGAGGAGGAGGGCCGCCGACCCAGCUUGCUGUAAUGGGGAGGAGGAGGAGGAGAUGCUGUCCACCACCAAUUCGUUCUCCGCUAGGUACCGGUCGAGCCUGGGCGUGGAGUCGCAAGAUGUCAUGCCCCAGUCCGGCUCUCACGUCCACCUAUCCCUGGAGCCAACAACGCCACCGGGUGCCCACGUCUGGAACCAAGUCUUCCAUGGUGUCGGCAGCAAUGGAGAAUUGCCACAUAACCAAGUCGAUGGCGACAAGUUGCUUGCAGCAUUUACAUCGAAGACAUUGAGAACAGAAAUAUUUGAGCCCCCUCCAGAUCACUUUAGCAAACCAGAAACCAAUUGGGAAUUUACAAACUACAGUGGUGGAUUCGAUCACGAAAAAUUGAAUUUUCUUGUGAAUAAUUGGUCAAUCGCUCCUCUUGAUUCUCAAGCCGCCCAAAAUCUCACUGAUGAAUCGGCUUCCUCGUGUACCACUUUGAAUUCUGCACUUAACCUGUACCAAGAGGGCAAUCUCAGCCAGUUUGACCUGAGACCGGAGUUCAAGCUGGACAAUCCCAGUUCUUCUUCCUAUUCUGACGGCGGCAGCGGCGCUGGAAACACGAUGAACCCCGUCAGUUUCUCACCAUGUUUUAGGAAUUACAGCAAGGAAGGAAAGCAAAUUGAAGCUUCUAAUGCUCCAUUCGGCGCCUCCAACUGUGGGACUUAUGGAGAUGAUCAGUUGUCAUUGAGUGGUUCAAACGCAGCUGAUAGGCCUUGGCGUAGCACUAGAAGUGCUGCAGAUGUAAUCUACUUUGGAUCAGGGACUUUAAACAAACCAUUAUUGGAUUUUCAAGCUUCAAAGAUGCAUAUGAAGGGCCCGGAAUUGCAGAGUUGCAAGAAAUCUUCUCACGAGACUUCCCUAUCGAGUAGAGACAAUGUGAGAGGGGAAGCUGGCAGUUCUGAUGAAACGAACAAGAAGAAGAAGAUGGAAGAUGAUUCUCAUACUGUACAGAAAAAGCAAAAGCAGGAGGGCUCCAGCGUGCUUUCUUCUAAGGUCCCAAAAGUAAAACUCGGGGACAGAAUCACAGCUUUGCAGCAGAUUGUAGCACCUUUUGGAAAGACUGAUACUGCAUCUGUACUACUUGAAGCAAUUACGUACAUCAAAUUUAUGCAGGAGCAAGUGGUGUUGCUGCUUAAUCAUCCAUAUAUGAAGCCUACUCCAAGCACGCAAAGGGACCAUAAUUUAUGGGGAGGAGUCGAGAGCAGGGCAGAAGCGAAGAUGGACUUGAGGAGUAGAGGCUUAUGCCUUGUUCCCAUUUCAUUCACUCCUCAAGUAUGCCGUGAAAGUACAGGAGUUGAUUAUUGGACCCCUACUUAUAGAGGUUGUUUGUAUAGAUGAUGAUCUCUCGCUCGCUCUCUCUCUCUUUGCGCUUGAGGAAGGUAGUAUAAAGAAAUGAACAAUGACAGAACUUUACAGUGCAUCUUGGCGUGUUUAAGGAGGCAGGGUCCAAGGAAAGCUGAUAUUUAGUUGUAUUGGAAGACGGAUUUCGAUGGGUGCAGCUCAUGUUUCUUCUUUUGUUCUUAUUUUCAUGCGGUUGAAUUUUAAACAUGUGAGUUGACAUUCUGAACCGCUGAACUCUCAUGUUGUUAAUUAAUCACUAAUGUAUACCUUUAUUUAUUA